AUGAAAGAAGUGUUCUCAAAAUUCGAAAUGUAUAGUCAAAGUGAAAUGUUCGUGAAAGUUGGUAUCACGCUUGGCGUCGGUCGUAGCCAUAAAGUAAUAAAAAAAUUGAAAUACAUUUACUCUAAAAUUAAAACGAUUGCUGAUAGUGAGGGAGAAGUUGGUGGUCAAGAAGUAGAUGAAGUUGGGAGUCAAGAAGUAGGUGAAGUUAGUGGUCAAGUGGUAGAUAAAAUUGGUGGUCAAGGUGUGGAUAAAGUUGGUGGUCAAAAGGUAGAUAAAGUCGGUGGUCAGGUGGUAGAUGAAGUUGGUAGUCAGGUGGUAGGUGAAGCUGGUGGUCAAGUGUUAGUUGAAGUCGGUGUUCAAGUGGUUGGUGAAGUUGGUGGUCAAGUGGUAGAUGAAGCUGGUAGUUGUGUAGUAAAUGAAGUUGGUAGUUUGGUGGUAGAUGAAGUUGGUGGUCAAGUGGUAAGUGAAAACGGUAGUCAGAUAAUUGGUGAAGCCGUUGUUCAAGUGGUAGGUGAAGUUGAUGGUCAAGUGGUAGAUAUUGUUGAUUGUCAGAUGGUAGGUAACGUUGGUGGUCAAGUAGUAGGUGAAGUCGGUGGUCAGGUGGUAGAUGAAGUUGGUAGUCAGGUGGUAGAUGAAUUUGGUGGUCAAGUGGUAGGUGAAGUUGGUAGUCAUAUAGUAGGUGAAGCCGGUGUUCAAGACGUGAAUGAAGUUGGGGGUCAAGUGGUAAAUAUUGUCGAUGGUCAGAUGGUAAGUAAUGUUGGUGGUCAAGUAAUAGGUGAAGUCGGUGGUCAGGUGGUAGAAAAAACUGGUGGUCAAGUGGUAGGUGGCCAGGUAAAUGAAGUACUUAAAAAAUUUUAA